AUGGUUCUCAUUGGAGCAGCAAUUAUAACAAAGACGGGGAAACCGCUUUUGGCAAGAGUUUUCAUUUCGGACAUGACAAAAGCUCGGUUAGAAGGAUUGUUGGAUGCUUUUCCUAAGUUAAUUGCUUCGGACAGAUCACAACGUCAACACACUUUCAUUGAAACGGACAGUGUUCGUUAUGUUUUCCAUCCACUGGACAGCGUACACGUUGUUCUGAUCACCACUAAAGCUUCGAAUAUUUUAGAGGAUUUAGAAACUCUUCGACUUUUUUCAAGAGUGAUUCCGGAAUAUUGUCGUUCGAAUGACGAAAAAGAAAUACAGAUAAAUUUAUUCGACCUAAUAUUUGCUUUUGAUGAAAUUGUCGCCCUUGGAUAUCGUGAAAAUGUCAACCUGGCACAAAUACGCACGUUUACGGAAAUGGAUUCUCAUGAAGAACGAGUGUUCAACCAGAUAAAGAUUGCUCAGGAGAGAGCUGCUAACGAAUUGAUGACGCAGAAAGCCAUGGAAUUGAAGAAAUUGAAGGCAGAACAGCGAAAAUCAGGAAGAAGUAUGGGAAGCACCGCAACAGCUAUCAGCUCUUCAUCGGUACCUUUAACAGCAGUUAUCGAUGAUACGCCUGUUCGGCUCGCUGUAAAACCAAAGGCACUAGCAACUAUACGUGGCAGUGGCAAAGCAUUGAAGCUUGGCUCCAAAAAUGCUGAUGAUGACCAAUUUUUAAAACAGCUGAGGAGAGAAGGGCAAAUAGUCGAUACUCCUUUGCGUGUAUCAGACAUUACUGAUGCAAGUGAUCGAAAUGCAUCGGAAAUCGAUCCAUCUAUUGCUUCACACGCUCCUGUUCAUAUUAAAAUUGAAGAAAAACUGUCGGCCUCAGUAUCACGAGAUGGUGGUCUUGAGAGUGGAGAGGUAUUGGGUAGUGCUUCACUUUUAAUAAACGGUCCGCAGUUUGCUACUAUUUGUGUUCAAAUGAGUAACAAUGACAAACACGGCGCGCAGUUACAGGUACAUCCGAAUCUCGAUAAAAAGGAAUGGUUGCAAAAGUCAUUGUUAAAAUUAAAAUCAGUGCAGAAGCCUUUUCCAGUAAAUAUGGAUAUUGGUGUACUAAAGUGGCGAUUGCUUCUGAAUAGCGAAGAACUGCUCCCCAUUUCAAUCAACUGUUGGCCAAAUGAAAAUCUUGAUGGCUGUGUAGUGAACAUCGAAUAUACACUUCAGGCUGAAAAUAUGACACUGAAUAGCGUCGUUAUCGUCAUUCCUUUACCACCGGCAGCUGUUCCGGUAAUAUCGGAAUGUGAAGGUACUUACGAAUAUGUAAGAUCAAGAUCGCAACUUGUAUGGAGCUUGCCUGUUGUUGAUGAAUCGAAUAAAACUGGUUCUUUGGAAUUUAGCACUCCAAAUGGUCAGGCUGAUCAUUUCUUUCCAGUAACUGUACGCUUCACAAGCACAGAUUUAUUUUGUGAUAUGGCUGUAGAUUCAGUACAAAAGAUGGAUGUAGACGAGAUUAUACAGUAUUCAACGGAGAGUCACUUGAUCACCGAGAAGUUCGAAAUAAUCUGA